AUGUAUAUAUAUGCGUAUAAUGCGUGUAUUACAGUGGUAUAUUAUGCAUAUAUAUGGAAUAUAACCAGAAUUAGAUCUGUUUAUAAUAAAUCACCAUGCGGAUUUAUUACAAAAUAUCCACAGAACCCCAUGGAGGAGAAGGAGAAUAUAGAUAAAAUUAUAAGACUAUUCAAUAAUAACCCAGAUAUACACUAUACCCCGCAUUUCAUAAGAAGACUGCUUCCUUCUCGGGAAGAAGAAAAGAUAAAGAGCCGGCCCAUCUUGAAAUUAGCCCUCUCAGAUCUCCCACAAGAACAGAUAGAUUUCAUCAAAGGCACCAUCACCCGGAUAUCAGAGAUACUGGAGUAUAAUAUAUUUGUGGACUCAAAUAAUAUCAAGGAUUCAACACACUUAAUUGUAGGCACAGAUUCAACAGGCCUUUGUAAGAGGACGUAUAACUACCUGGCAUCAAUUAUCCUGAAGAAAUCCAUUGUAGGAUUCACGUGGUACAUUGAACUGUUUGACAGAUCUAAGAAGAAAAAUGAUGAUGAAUAUUACAGCCAGACAUUCAAGCAGUACAUUGAAAGUAUAACUAGGAAUAACCUAGUGAAAGGAGAUGUAAUUGAAGGGCCCUCUAGUGCACCCCGUAUGGCGCACAUGAGCUGCCGUCUAGUACCUGCCUUAGACGGGGUUAUAGUGGCAGACCCAGAUGGUCAUGUGAGCAAAAUAGAAGAAAGGCUAAUUUCAAUGGGAAAUGGCUGUCUUACUGCAGAUAAAGAGAAGGGCAAAAUUAUUGUAAAGAAAUUUGGUGAAAUAACUGAGAUGAUUGCGUCUGGUGCAAUCUUAACAUAUCAGAAGAUGGAGGAUGAGCUAUCAGAUGAUUCUUUCAUAUAUGCACAAGACACAUAA